AUGCGGCAGAUUAUCCGAAGACGCAGACAGGCCAACACUGCGAAACACGAUGAAGACGGUAGCCUCUACGCAUUGGCGGAAGCAUAUCUGGAUGCUGAACACGAGAUGCUCGCCGCGGCUCCAUCUCAAGAUGCCGUACUUAGGCAUAAAAUAUCGCAAGUUCUGCAGCAAAGGUUCAAUUAUAACCCAAUCCAACCAUUUACAAUGAACCAUGGCCCUGAUAGCAAUAUCGCAGUAGAACCUCAGGAAGGAAGUACAUCACCGAAAAGUCGCAAACUGCAUACAAAUAAAGUUACAGAUGAGGGAAAUGGCGACUGUUCCGAUUUGCCUGGAGACAACAACGAACAUAAUGCAACAACUUCAGGCAACGCAUCAGAAGACGGAACUGAACAUCGCGAUACGGAGAAAAUCACGCACCCUAAUGAUCCCAAACACACCAUAACCGACUUGAAAAACAUGGCUCUGCGCAACGGAACAAUACUAAAAAUAGACCUGUCUUCUGUUACAGCUGCAGAUGCGAACCAAGGUAUGGAGGAUGUCUUCGAUGCACUCGGCUCAUUGAGGCUGAAUCAAGAGAUGUUGCGCCUCUGGACGGAUCAAAAAGCGAUGGAUGUUGUGUACUUCAAUGAUUCUAUUUUACCGAUUCUGUCCACAAGCGCCGAAGAGGAAUACUUCCACAUCAGGAACAAGGCUGCACUGAUCAACAAAUCGUACGCCUUGCCAAUCAUGGUUACUGGAAAGGAUGCAUCCGACUUUAUGGAGCACUUCGCAACGUGCUCUUUGAGGAGUAUGAAAAGGGGAAUGGUGCAAUACACCGCUUUGGUCGACACAAAGGGGAGCGUGAUGGAUAUGGCGUACGUAGCGGCCUAUGAAAACUCCUAUCUCCUGGUAACAAACGGUCUACAGAAACGCAAUCUGUUUGAUUACAUGUCUGCGUAUCAGAUGUCUUGUAAGAGAUCUGGAAUGGACGUCGCCCUCAGACCGCUUCUCUCUUCCGUCCUCAUCAGCUUUCAGGGGCCUAGUUCAGUAGACAUUCUGCAGGCAAUUGCAAAGAACGAUAGUGAAAACGCAACACAACAAACGGACGAAGAUGUCUUUGAGCAGCAAGGGCAGUCCAACUACGCAGAAACACAGGAUGGCUGCACCAUUAAGGUGCCAUCAACAUUGCCGCCAUUCAUGCGCUGUUUCGAGUGCGAAUUAACGCUCCCGUGCACCGAUAAAGCUGCACCAAUGCCAAAUAAAACGUAUCCUAUACACUGUUUGAGGGUGAGCGAUGUAGGAGAAGAUGGUUUCGAGAUGCUCGUCAGCUCAGAUGUGGCGGUACCUCUGCUGAGUGCCGUCAUUCUUAAUAUCACGGGCAUUACUGACAGGCGCGUGGGACUCAUUGCGAACGAGCGAGUCGACACGAACUGCAACAUACUAAACGGGGACACAAGGAAGCCAAUCGGGUUUGUCACAUCAUGCUCGUGGAGCUACGGGCUUAAAAUGUACUUGGCUCAGGCGUAUGUGAACGCCGAGUACGCCAGGCACGAUAUGCCCGUGCUGCUCAGCUUACCGCUGAAGCCUGAAGCGCCGGUGACAAAACGGGAAUUCCGGAAGUACUAUCGCAACAAGACACGCAGGACCAUCAUCCGGGGAACAGUCGUGCGCCUCCCCUUUGUGCUGCACAACUACCCGAUCAGCGCAAGCGAGAAGCACUACGUUGGAGGCAGGCACGUGCCGCUGCAAACGCUUAAAAAGCAGCCGGCAUCAAAAGCGAACGGCGAAGCACGGCCAAUGCCUGGUCACACGUCGGACCGUUCGCCGCCUUCCUACGACACUGCAUUGGUAGCAGAGAACCGAGUUGGCACCACUGGAUCGUCUGACAGUCCAGCCGCGCUAACGGAAACAUCGCAACAACCUGCGCGGCUCAAGACACGCAAACAGCUCUGGAAGGAAGUGGUAAACAAGCAGCGCAGCAAAAACGCCAAAACGCUGGAGAUGGCGCUUACGCAGGUGGAGAAAGCGACGGUGGGCGCCUGCGUAGACCAGCCGCUGGAUGGAGAAACGUGCACAGAGCAGAUGCCGCUGCCAACCCAGCGCAUCAACAUAACGCCCCGUGCUGCCGUCCCGCUCGAAAAGACCGUCGAGUAUUACCGGGAGCUGCACAGCAAGCCAGUGCCUGCGCGACACCGCCGCUACCGUCCGCCAAUGGCGGCGGGAUGA